AUGGUUGGACUUGACAACAAUCAUUUAAAGGAUAAUUUGCCAGAAGAAAUGUGUCAUGAUCUCCCUUUACUUGAAGUCUUUGGUGUUGAUGAUAAUCAAUUAGAGGGAAGCAUUCCGAACUUAAUAAGCAACUGCACAUCUUUGAAAAGAUUAUAUUUGGAUGGUAACUCAUUUACAGAGUAUGGAUCAAAAGGAGUUGUGUCUGCAAAAGGAGAUGUGUAUAGCUAUGGUAUUUUGCUGAUGGAAAUGUUCACGAGGAAGAAGCCAACAGAUGAGAUGUUUGUUCAAGGAUUAAGUUUGAAAGACUGGGUGAGAAAAUCCACACCAUAUUCAAUCAUCAAUAUUAUAGAUGUAAAUUUGUUGCAUAGAAAAAAUCAAAAUACUGAUAAUAUAUUAUGUCAUAUAUCAUCAGUUUUUGAUCUAGCAUUAAAGUGUUGCAAUGACUUACCUGAAGCACGACUUACUAUGAUUGAUGUUGCAGUGUCAUUGAAAAACAUCAAGGCUUUGUUAAUGGAAAAUGCUAGGGACAUUAUUAGUUGAGUAAUUGUUAAAUCACAUCUUAAGUACUAUUUCUUUAACCUUUUCUUUGGAUAGCAUGUAUUGUUGUAAAUUAGAGUGAUUCUGUGUAUGAUGUAAUAAUAUAUGAAAUUAUUUCAAAUUUGAAAUGUUCUAACUUGAUCAGAUUCAUUCUGAAUUU